GUUUCCCACUUAUCUCACCCUUCACUAUCAUUCGCGGCUGCCAUAUCGCCGGCGACAUUGUCGAUGCGCCUCUUUUGCCAUCGCUGCCUCUCACGACCGCUUUUAUCUUUUGAGCCUCCUAGUCUCGUUGCCCCGCUCUCUGCCGCCACUUUGUUCCUCUCUCCAUUUGCUUACUCUAUGUUCUUUUCGAUUUUGGCAACACACAGGAAAAACUGCCUCUAAAACUAUCUUGGAGUAGAAGAAGAAGAAGAACCCUAAUUCCUCAUUAAGAAAAAGCAAAAGAAAGCACCUGAAUCACAAACAAUCCCUUUCAGCUCACAUGACUGGAAACGAGUUCCGCUUCUUCCUUUCGUGCGACAUUAAUCUCCCCGUCACCUUCCGCGUCGACCGCCUUGAAGGCCAUUUGCCCCUUCCCGUCAAAUCCCCCAAUUCAGAAAGUAAUGUCCCUACAGAAGAUAGAACGGGAGAGUUGUAUGUUGAGUGUGCAUUAUACAUUGAUGGUGCACAAUUUGGCCUUCCCACGAGAACAAGAUUGGAGUCCUCAGGACCAUAUUGUUGGAAUGAGCUCAUCACGUUGACAACUAAAUAUCGAGACUUAACUGCUCAAUCACAACUAACUUUCACUGUUUGGGAUGUUUCACAUGGUGACGGAUUGGUUGGAGGAGCCACAAUUCUUCUCUUUAACAGAAAAAAACAGCUCAAAACUGGGAAGCAAAAGCUUAGGCUUUGGCCAGGAAAAGAGGCAGAUGGAGCAUUCCCUACUAGUACACCUGGAAAGGUCCCCAGGCAUGAGCGUGGUGAGUUAGAGCGGUUGGAAAAGCUUGUGAACAAGUACGAGCGAGGUCAGAUUCCACGCGUGGACUGGCUAGAUCGCCUCACGUUUAAAACAAUGGAGAAAAUCAAGGAACGUGAAAGCUUAAAAAAUGGAAGUUCUCAUUUGUACUUGGUUGUAGAUUUUUGUAGUUUUGAGCAUCGGGUUGUUUUUCAGGAAUCUGGUGCAAAUUUUUUGAUGCCAUCCCCUAUAGCUUCAACAAAUGAUAUUGUUAUUGUCUGGGACCCUGAAGUGGGAAAGAUAAAUCCCUCUGAGCACAAACAAUUAAAGUUGGCCAGAAGCUUGACCCGUGGUGUCAUAGACAGAGAUUUAAAGCCAAGCUCAAAUGAGAGAAAGUCCAUUCAGAGGAUACUGAAGUAUCCACCAACAAGGACUUUGAGUGGAGAUGAAAGACAGCUAUUAUGGAAAUUUCGCUUCUCUUUAAUGUCUGAAAAGAGGGCUCUCACAAAGUUCCUUCGUUGUGUUGAAUGGAGCGAUGUUCAGGAAGCAAAACAAGCACUAGAAUUGAUGGGAAAGUGGGAAAUGAUUGAUGUUUCUGAUGCACUUGAACUUCUGUCUCCUGUUUUUGAAAGUGAAGAGGUCCGUGCUUAUGCUGUUAGUGUUCUUGAAAGAGCUGAUGAUGAGGAGCUUGAAUGUUACUUGCUUCAGCUGGUUCAGGCUCUUAGGUUUGAGCGCUCUGACAAAUCUCGCCUUUCUCAUUUCCUUGUCCAACGUGCAUUACGUAAUAUUGAAUUGGCAAGCUUCCUUCGUUGGUAUGUGGCUGUUGAACUUUAUGACCCUGCAUAUGCCAAACGAUUUUACUGCACUUACGAGAUCUUGGAGGAGAAUAUGAUGAAGAUGGCAGCUGGUGUGAAUGGAGAGGAAGAUGGGUUUAAACUUUGGCAGAGUUUGGUGCGUCAGACAGAGUUGACUGCUCAGUUGUGUUCAAUCACAAGAGAUGUGAGGAAUGUCCGUGGCAAUACACAGAAGAAGAUUGAAAAGCUCCGACAAUUGCUAUCUGGUCUUCUUAGUGAGCUUACUUAUUUUGAUGAGCCAAUACGAUCACCUCUGGCGCCUGGUGUCCUCAUCACUGGGAUUGUACCCUCAGAGUCGUCAAUAUUUAAAAGUGCGCUGCAUCCUUUGCGGCUUACUUUUAGAACAGCAAAUGGUGGAACCUGUAAAAUCAUAUUUAAAAAGGGUGAUGACAUUCGACAGGACCAAUUGGUUGUUCAAAUGGUAUCACUAAUGGAUCGAUUGCUUAAGUUGGAAAAUCUUGACCUGCACUUAACACCAUACAUGGUGCUAGCAACUGGGCAAGAUGAAGGCAUGCUGGAAUUCAUUCCAUCCCGUUCGCUAGCACAGAUUCUAUCGGAGCACCGUAGUAUCGUAAGCUACCUGCAGAAGUUUCAUCCUGAUGACCAUGGACCUUUUGGCAUUACAGCCACUUGUCUUGAAACAUUUAUAAAAAGCUGUGCUGGCUACUCUGUUAUCACAUAUAUACUUGGUAUUGGAGACAGGCAUUUGGAUAAUCUCCUCCUUAGAGAUGAUGGACGUCUUUUUCAUGUUGAUUUUGGUUUUAUCCUUGGGCGAGAUCCUAAGCCAUUUCCACCCCCGAUGAAGCUUUGCAAGGAAAUGGUUGAGGCUAUGGGUGGUGCUGAAAGCCAAUAUUAUACAAGGUUCAAGUCCUAUUGUUGUGAAGCAUACAACAUUCUUCGGAAAUCCAGUAACCUAAUUUUAAAUCUGUUUUACUUGAUGGCGGGUUCAAAUAUUCCUGACAUAGCUUCUGAUCCUGAAAAAGGAAUCCUCAAGCUUCAAGAGAAGUUUCGCUUGGACUUGGACGAUGAAGCCAGCAUACACUUUUUUCAGGAUCUCAUCAACGAGAGUGUGAGUGCAUUGUUCCCACAAAUGGUUGAGACCAUUCAUCGCUGGGCACAGUAUUGGCGGUAACCCCAAUAUUUAUUGCGUGUUGUUUCACCUUUGUAAUUAGCCAGCAUGUGGUGUUGUCUAAAGGCUUUUUCUAAAGCAUCUCCAUCAUCCUAUGCAGUUCUCUCUUCUCUAUAAUCAGAGGCAGGUCUUAAUCCUACUAAACUGUGCAGUUAGCUUAUACACGCAGUUCUAAUUUCUAAACUAGGUAUCUUGGAGGCAGUGGUAUUGUCUCCAACUGUAAUUAAAUUAGUUAUCUGUCAUUCUUCUGCCUGCAUUAGUCUCAAGAUGGCAGCUUAACGCAUAAAACUCUAGCAUCUCCAAACAAAUGGUAACUAAUCAUUUUGUUAGCUUUAAAGAAAGUCUAUCUCCAGUUCGAUGUACAUUUCUUGUAAAUAAAUAUAGCUGUGUCGUCCUUGUUGGCGUGUGUAUGUGUAUGCGCCUUGAUAUAUCAUAAACUUAAAUUCUGAAUUUUCAUAUUAUGUAAAUAAUAGAUUAUAUGGGAA